GAGUUAAUCGUAUGUCAUAAGUUGAUCGUAUGUCAUUCACUUAUAUAUGAAUAUUUUUGCUUUAACCGUGCAUCAACAAACGCAUAUUUCUGUUUAUUUAUUUAUUAACAAUGCAGCGUGCGUUUGUUGCCGAGAAUAUCCAAACGGUGCUGCCACCUGAAUGUGAAAUUUCGAAGCAACGAAAUUCUACUUUCACAUUGAGAUUUUAUAAGACCGGCUUUAAAAAAAAAAUUAAAAAAAAAUACUGCUUGUCAAAUUAACCUGUUCGAUUCACAAUUCACUGUUUCAUAAUAAGGCGAUCGAUCGCGUUGACCGAUCGCAAUUACUCGGUUUAAAGACCACCCGGUACCGUGCGAGCAGAUCUCUCGUGCGAGACAACUCCGGAUCUCUGGGAUCGGCAUUAUCGUGCAUUGUCGUUCACACGUCAGCUGCUUUGACGGACCGCGGUGGAAUAAUGACAGAGCGGGCGAGCGAGGAGUUGACGUCGUCGGAUCUGGGCACUCUCGAGUUAUGGAUCGCUAUGAAAUUGGAUUUAAACAAAGAGAGUGAUAAGAUAAUCGACGUAGGAUGCGGUAAUGCGAUGACUUUGGUUGAACUCGCGAAAGCGGGAUUCGCAAACUUGACGGGGGUGGAUUACUCACAGAAAGGGGUAGAUCUGGCCCGCAUGGUGCUGAACGAUAGCAACUUGCCGAAUGUAAAGAUAGAGAUUUGCGACAUACUCAACAACACAUUGCCGCAUGAUUUUAAAGUCGUUCAUGAUAAAGGCACUUACGACGCUAUAAGUUUAAAUCCGGAAGAUCCGAUGGCAAAACGGCAGAAAUAUAUAGAAAAUAUAUACCGCAUCCUUUUACCAGGAGGCUAUUUCAUCUUGACAUCCUGUAACUGGACCAAAGAAGAAUUGCUAAAGCAUUUUACGAGUCAUUUUGAAUUCGAUAGUCAACUGCCUACGGAUUCGUUCCAGUUUGGCGGGCAGACGGGUAACACUGUAACACAAUUGAUAUUUAGAAAAAAGUGACUAUGAACAAAUUUAUGUGUACCACAUUAAAAUAAAUAAAAUAAUUGUGUCUAAUUUGUAAAA